UCUCUCUCUCUCUCUCUCUUUCUCUCAUUUUUUUGCAUCACCACCACAUGGCAGCAAGAGGCAGACUGUGCCUUCAGCAUCUUCCCUUUCUCUCUUUGCUAGCUGCUGGGUCCUUACCGCGGGGGUUUUGUGUGUGUGUCUCUCUCUCUCUGUGAUGAAGGCCUGUUUGGUUUGCUAUUUUUUGCACCCAGUCUGAGAAAACCAGGGGAUCGACCAACGAAGUAGAUCCUGGGUCGGUGGAGGAGAAAAACGAGGAGAUUACCGUUAUUUUUUUUAAAUUUUUCCUUCAUCCCCUGAAGAAAACACAUUGCAAAGCCAUGGCUUGGAUGACGGAUCCUUCAUGCUUUUCAGAAGCUGGAUGGGGUGGGGGGGCUUCCCGCCGCUGCUGGGCUUGAUUUGAGAAGGGGGGAUUGUGGGGAGAGAGAGAGAGAGAGAGAGACAACCGUCUUCAUCCCAGCCUUGAGAUGCUCGCCCCCAGGAUGACGGUGAGAUGUUAUUCACGGAGGGAAGAUCUCUCCCAAAAGCUGACGAGAUUCAAAGCAUCCCCAGGAGGAGGCGGGAAAGCUGGAGGAAGCAGCACCAACAAGAGUGGGGUCAUCCUGGACAUCUCCUCCUUGACCAUGAACGAGCUGGACUCCGAGGUCCUUCCCCUACCACCUCGCUAUCGGUUUCGAGACUUGCUCUUGGGCGACCAGAGCUUCCAAAAUGAGGACAGGGUUGAAGUGGAGUUUUACGUCAAUGAGAACACCUUUAAAGAACGUCUAAAACUAUUCUUCAUCAAAAACCAACGAUCGAGCCUGAGGAUACGUCUGUUUAACUUCUCACUCAAGCUUCUCACUUGCCUUCUUUAUAUUGUCCGCGUUCUGCUGGAUGACCCAAAACAGAUAGGAUGCUGGGAAUGUGAGAAACGCAUCUACUCCUCCUUCAAUCAAUCAUCAACAGAAAUCAACUGGGCUCCCAUUUUGUGGGUGGAUCGAAACAAGCCGUUGUGGGCAAUACAAGUCAGCGUAGCCAUCAUUAGCUUUCUUGAGACUAUGCUUCUGAUCUACCUCAGCUAUAAGGGUAACAUUUGCGAGCAAAUCUUUCGUGUUUCGUUCAUCCUUGAAAUGAUCAACACCGUGCCCUUUAUUAUCACGAUAUUUUGGCCACCUCUACGGAAUUUAUUCAUUCCCGUGUUCUUGAAUUGCUGGUUGGCGAAGUAUGCUUUGGAGAACAUGAUAAAUGACUUGCAUCGAGCAAUACAACGGACUCAGUCUGCCAUGUUCAACCAAGUGCUCAUUUUAAUUUGCACCCUGCUUUGUCUUGUUUUCACUGGAACCUGUGGCAUCCAGCAUUUGGAAAGAGCUGGUGAGAACCUCUCGCUCUUCAAGUCCUUUUAUUUUUGCAUCGUCACCUUCUCAACCGUCGGCUACGGAGACGUGACCCCCAAGAUCUGGCCUUCUCAGCUACUGGUGGUGAUCAUGAUAUGCGUGGCCCUUGUGGUCUUGCCGCUGCAGUUUGAAGAGCUGGUGUACCUGUGGAUGGAGCGGCAGAAGUCAGGAGGAAAUUACAGCCGCCAUCGGGCUCAGACGGAGAAGCAUGUUGUGCUUUGUGUCAGCUCCCUUAAGAUAGAUCUGCUGAUGGAUUUCCUCAACGAGUUCUACGCUCAUCCAAGGCUGCAGGAUUACUACGUGGUCAUCCUUUGCCCUACAGAAAUGGAUAUUCAGGUGCGCCGUGUGCUUCAGAUCCCAUUGUGGUCCCAGCGAGUGAUCUACCUCCAGGGAUCUGCCCUGAAGGAUCAGGAUCUCAUGAGAGCAAAGAUGGACAAUGGAGAAGCUUGCUUCAUUCUGAGCAGUCGAAAUGAGGUGGACCGCACAGCUGCUGAUCAUCAAACCAUCCUAAGAGCUUGGGCAGUGAAAGAUUUUGCACCCAACUGUCCCCUCUACGUUCAGAUUCUGAAGCCGGAGAAUAAAUUCCAUGUCAAGUUUGCAGAUCACGUGGUGUGCGAAGAGGAGUGCAAAUUCGCCAUGCUGGCCCUGAAUUGUGUCUGCCCAGCUACCUCUACUCUUAUUACCCUUCUCGUCCAUACCUCCAGAGGGCAAGAAGGCCAGGAGUCUCCAGAACAAUGGCAAAGGAUGUACGGGCGCUGCUCGGGCAAUGAGGUUUACCACAUCCGCAUGGGUGACAGCAAGUUUUUCAUGGAGUAUGAAGGAAAGAGCUUCACCUACGCAUCCUUCCAUGCUCACAAAAAGUACGGUGUUUGCUUGAUGGGCGUAAAAAAGGAGAACAAGAGCAUCCUUCUCAACCCGGGACCACGACACAUCAUGACCGCAUCUGAUACGUGUUUCUACAUCAACAUCACCAAGGAGGAGAACUCCGCCUUCAUCUUCAAGCAGGAAGAGAAGCAGAAACAAAAGCUGUUUAUGGGCAAAGGAAUCUACGACGGACCAUCAAGGUUGCCGGUCCACAGCAUCAUCGCUAGCAUGGGCACGGUGGCAAUGGACCUUCAGAACACCGAAUGCCACCCCAACCACAGCUCCAAGUUAACGUUGCCAGCGGAGAAUGGGUCUGGGAAAAGGAGACCCAGCAUCGCCCCGGUUCUGGAGGUGGCAGAUGCCUCUUCUCUUUUACCCUGCGACAUGCUCAGCGACCAAUCCGAGGACGAGGUGACUCAGUCCGAUGACGACGGCCUGACCAUUAUAGAGUAUGUGAAGGGGUAUCCUCCAAACUCACCUUACAUUGGAAGUUCCCCAACCCUCUGCCAUCUUUUACCUGUCAAGGCCCCAUUCUGUUGCUUACGUCUGGACAAGGGCUGCAAACACAACAGCUACGAAGACGCAAAGGCUUAUGGCUUUAAGAACAAGCUGAUCAUCGUGUCCGCUGAGACGGCUGGCAACGGCUUGUAUAAUUUUAUUGUCCCUCUUCGGGCGUAUUAUCGUUCACGGAAGGAAUUGAAUCCCAUCGUGCUGCUGCUAGACAACAAACCUGACCAUCACUUCUUAGAAGCCAUCUGUUGUUUUCCAAUGGUUUAUUAUAUGGAAGGUACAAUUGAUAACCUCGAUAGUUUGCUGCAAUGUGGCAUCAUUUAUGCUGACAAUUUGGUGGUGGUGGAUAAAGAAAGCACCAUGAGCGCUGAGGAAGAUUACAUGGCGGAUGCCAAGACCAUUGUCAACGUCCAGACAAUGUUCAGACUUUUUCCAAGUCUGAGUAUCAUUACUGAAUUGACACAUCCAUCCAACAUGAGAUUUAUGCAAUUCCGGGCGAAGGACAGCUACUCGUUGGCCCUUUCCAAACUAGAGAAGAAAGAACGAGAGAACGGCUCCAACUUGGCCUUCAUGUUCCGCCUCCCAUUUGCCGCUGGCCGAGUUUUCAGCAUCAGCAUGUUAGAUACUCUCCUUUACCAGUCCUUCGUGAAAGAUUAUAUGAUCACCAUCACAAGGUUAUUGCUUGGUCUGGAUACGACGCCUGGAUCUGGCUAUCUCUGUGCAAUGAAAAUCACAGAAGACGAUCUCUGGAUCCGAUCCUACGGACGUCUCUUUCAGAAGCUCUGUUCUUCCAGCGCGGAGAUUCCCAUCGGGAUCUACAGGACCGAAUCCCAUAUGUUCUCCACCAUCGAUCCUCAUGAUAUCAGAACCCAGUCACAGAUUUCAAUCAAUGUGGAAGACUGCGAAGACCUCAAGGAAGGGAAGGAGACUUGGAACGCCAAGCCGCACCACCACCACCACCGGAAUUCGUGCCCUGCUGACCAGACGGAACACCCACUUCUCCGGAGGAAAAGCAUGCAGUGGGCUCGGCGGCUGAGCCGGAAAGGAGCCAACAAGCAGGCUUCAAAGACGGCCGAGUGGAUCAACCAGCAGAGACUGAACCUUUACCGGCGAUCGGAAAGGCAGGAACUGUCCGAGCUUGUGAAGAAUCGCAUGAAACAUCUGGGCUUACCCACAACAGGGUACGAGGAUGUAGCAAAUUUAACAGCCUGUGAUGUGAUGAACCGAGUAAACCUUGGAUAUUUGCAAGAUGAAAUGAACGACCAUCAAAACACACUCUCCUACGUUCUCAUCAAUCCCCCUCCGGACACACGGCUGGAACUCAACGAUAUCGUGUAUUUAAUACGACCCGACCCGCUCGCACAUGUGGAAAACGAAGGCCACAGUCGAAAGAACAGCAGUCAUAAGAAGGCAAACCCUGAAACUCGAGACGAGACGCAGCUCUGAGUAACUCCCUCUUCCUGCAUGGAAAAUACAUCUCUUUUGUUCAUGCAUGGAACUGCAUCAAAAUUACCAAUAAACUUAGGAAGGGGAAGAAGAUGUUUUGGGGAAGAAGACGUUUUUUUCAGGGGACCUCCAUUGUACUUUGCAUUGAGCAGGUUUAAAAAGAUGACUUUGUUCAAGCUGGACUCCAGAUCUGCAGAGCUGGUAUGAGUGAACCCCCCCUCCCCUGUUUCCUGGUCUUCGUUCUGGGUUCUUCUCUCAAAAGACUCCAGGUGGCUGGAGAAGCUUAGAACUUUAGCUCCUCUUGUGGAUGGACGAUUCCUACACCACUUGGUUUUAAACUUUUCUAUCGUUUCAGAGGGGUUGUUGGGGUGGGGGAAAGAAGAAAAAAAAAACAAUUAAAAAUAUACCACAACUCGUGAAAAUGUCUUCAUUGGUGUAAACCAAGGGGGCGCGCAUGUGCCAUAGGAGAAGCCUCAUCCAUCUGGAGCAGAAGAAAGACCCAGCUCACCAACGCAGAAGAACGUCAAGGCUCAGAGCCCACCUUCCACAAGGUCAGUGGCAAAAUUAAGUGGUUGCAUUCACACAGCACAAUAGAUUUCAUUUUUUUGAUGACACAACUCCAGGUGUGCCUUGUGAAGUUGUUUUGACGAGUCUUAUGCAACCUCAGUCGAAGGAAUUAGUUCACUAACCCGGGUUAAGGGUGCUGUAGGAACACAGCCACGAUUCGCUAAAUCAUUUUUCUCUCAACCGAAGGCAGGGUGGGUGCGUUGUUGCGUGGCGACUUCCUUUCAAAGGAAGUUGGGUCAACGCAAAGUGUCAUGUUCAAUCUCGCUUCUCUCUACUGGACACCUAAACCCAAUGGCAUGGAAUCUGUUCUUCUCCGUCAUUGACUUCUCUUUAUGGGACCAACAUGACUUUCAAAAUUCAACUUCAUUUAUAUCCUAAAUCAGGGGGUGGGGGGGGAUCUAUUUCAGUACGGCUAUUUGGAUCAGAGCAUUUCGUUUUUACUAUUCCUCUUGAAUUAACAACCUAUGUAAAAUAAAUACUUUAUUUUUAUAGCA